GGUAUUAUCGAGACAAACCGCUGUAGGUUAUGUCAAAUAGUUGGAAUCUUAGAUAGUUGGAAAAUUAGAAAUUCCGGGAUGAUGAAUAAUCGUGAAGAGGUGGACUUGUAUCGGGACACAUAUGUGAGAUAUUUAGGUUAUGCAAAUGAAGUUGGAGAGGCAUUUAGGAGUCUAGUACCAAAAUCUAUUGUGUGGUUUAGUUAUGCACUGUCAAGUGGAUAUGUUCUUGCGGAUACGGUGCACAAGGGUGCAAAAGUCUACCAAACAGAUGCUACUUCACAAAAAACUAAGAAUGUUCUACUUUCCACAUCGGACACUUUGAUAUGGCAGACAUUUGCAUCUAUAAUAGUUCCUGGUCUUACCAUAAAUAGAAUUUGCGCAACGGUUCAGUUUGCACAAAAAAAAAGUACAAGAGUGGCUUUUAAAAAGCCUUGGAUUUCAACACUUAUCGGUUUGAUAUCCAUACCUUUCAUAAUACAUCCAAUAGACCAUGCCGUGGAAGGAGCAAUGGAUGUUACAUACAGGAAGUGGACAGGAUACCAUCCAAAAGCGCCUUUAUGUGGAAUAAAACAUGAAUAACGAAAUGUAGUCAGUUAAAGGUAUAGUAUAUUAUUAACUUGAAAGAGGUCAUGCUUAAAACAAUGUUUUGAUGAAUAUAUUGAAGAAUGUUUCAUUUUUAACACAAGAUAGUUAAAAGGCCUUUAAUAAUGAUGGAUUAUUAAUAAUGAUGGAUAAAUAUAAUUAUAUUUUUCAUAAUUUUUAUUAUCGAAGGAUGAUAUAUAUAUAUGAUAACGAUAACAAAUUUAUCUGAAAAUUCUAUUAAAAUUGA